AUGACGAUUCCAACCCUUACCAACCCCGCUCUCACAGCCGCAGUAUGCAGCCUGGAGCACCAAGCUUGGACUGCCCUCUGCAGCUCCGGCGCCUCUCUCCUCCCACUCCUUUCUGCCAAUCCCGUCAUGAUAUUCCCUGGCAACCUGAUUCUCAGCGCCGUCUCAUCGCCCACGGUCCAUGAGAUGCUGCAAGGCCCCGAGUUCAAGCCAUGGGCAGAAUACAAACUAAGCCACGACGAGGUCGUUGUGCUUGGAGCAGACAGCGCGCUUAUCUAUUAUCGUGUAGAGGCGACGCGGGCAGACGAGACGUUUAGAGCUAUUUGCUCGAGCGCGUGGAUCCUCGAGGGUGGGGGUUGGAAGAUGGCGCAUCAUCAGCAGACAUUGAUUUGA